UUUGGAACUAAAGUUAUUUUGCCGGAAUGUUGGUAUUGUGUGUGUCAAUGAGCAUGGAAAACCGAGAAGGCUUAUUAACUGUAGGUUAUGGACGUAGGUGUGACGGCAGGAAUUGCCGAAGUCAAGUGUUGCAUUUGUAGAGCGCAAUUUGUUGAAACGAAAUGAACGAAGAAGUAGAUGACCAAGACUUUUAUCAACAUGACUUUACAACAAUGGGGAAUUGGGAAGUUUUUAUUGCCCAUUUCGAGAAAAUAAUUCAGAAAUGGAAAUUGUCGAAGGUUAAGAGAGGACCCCAACUUAAAAGGGGUGAACUCAGCGAAGGAAAAUGGGAAAGGACGUCAGAGAAAAUAUUAUUUGCAGAUUUUGAGUUCAUUGUUACAAGAUAUAAGUUGAGUUUGAAACCUGUGGAAGGAAUUAUAAGCCCCGUAGAAGAUGAGACAGAUGAAGGCAGAACUCAGGCACUAGAUGACAUCAUGGCUUUGGACAAUGACUUUCCUCCACAUGUGGAAUGUGAUCUUGGAGGCAGCAGUUGCCAUCCUCACCCACUGGUUAGGUGGUAUGGUCUUAGAGACUUUGUAGUUGUUUCACCAGGACAUUGUUCCAUCUCUGAUGAAAGUAGAGUGAAAAUACUGCUCAGUUCGGUAUACAUUGCCAUAAACAAUUCUAAUUGUGAAGCUCCAGUCUUUGUACAAAUUCAUGAACUUCAGCAACAUUAUUAUAUGGGAGUAUGUGAAGGGAAAGGAAUUCGGUCCGAGUUUGAGAUGGUUCAUUUGAAACGUACUCCACCUCACUGCAGGUACCUGACAGGGCUGUUAAAUCUUUUUAAAUCCAAAGUGGCAAGUCCUGUGCCUCUUGAACCAAUAUGUAUAGCAGUGAGAUUCACCUAUGUUCUAGUAGACUAUACUAGCAAUAACACUUGGACUCAAGAACCUCCUGAUUUUGAUUUCCUGCAAGGGGAGUCACUUGGUGUUCCUGAACUGGGAAAGCUGCCAUUUGGUGCAACUUUAGACCCAGUAAGUGAACUGCAUUUGUUUGCAACUUGGCCACAGCUUAUGGAGAAUGUAGUUGUGGACAGUGAGAGCUAUUCAGACUUUGAACCAUCACAGGCACCUCUGUGGUCAGUUCAAGUAAAGAUGGCAGAGCAGCCAGCCUGUUUGCUAAGUGAAUACUUUAUUGAAUUCAUCCAUCUGUUUAGUAGUAACAGAUCAAUGCAGGAUUUGCUUGGUGAUUUGGUUGACAGAGGAACCUUAGUUGGCACAAAUCUGAGCACUCCACUGGAUUUACUAACAGAAUCACGUGUCCCUACAAUUUCUAAAGUGAUAAAAAAGGCUAAAGGUCAAUAUCAGGAAUCAGCACCAGAAGGACCAAUAGCUGACAAUCACCUGAUGCCAAUUCUGUAUUUUCUAUUCCCAGAUGCUGAGGAUAUACCAAAAAACUCUUAUGCAGGACCACUAAGCAACCAUUCUAACUGUGAUAAUCAACAGAUGGAGGACUUGGCAGCUGGAUUGAAAUCUGCUCCAGUAGAUGGACUUGUGUGGAGAUUGGCUGUAGUGAUGUCUCAUGUAGUUUACACCUUGGGAGGUGUUAAAGCAGCUGCUCAUCUGUGGUAUGAGUUCACUCAGGAGAUGAGAUACCGCUGGGAAAAAGGAAUUGUCAUACCAGGAGUAGCUCCUGGUUUCCCUGAUCUACGAACGUGCCUGAUUCACCAGAAGUUACAGAUGCUCAACUGUUGUGUCGAGAGGAAGAUGGCGAGGGAAGAGGCGGCUAAGACGGGCUUAGUGGAAGUUGACCUUUACGAGUCUGAGUCUGAGGAUGAAGAGUUCUUUGAUUGUUCUGCAGAGGAACCAAAAUUGGAUAUGACGAAUGAGAGGCGAGGAAGUAAACAUCGGCAUAAACACUCGCUGUGGAACCAACCAGUAGGGAGACUGAGAAAGUAUGGAAACUUCCGGCUCCUCGGCACUGGGGAUCAUGUGUACAUUCCGGUUACGCAGGAACCAGUUCCAAAAACUGAGGAUCAGGUGGAAGAAGAUGCAGAAGUUCUGCUGCAGUUGGGAACAGAUGCCCAAGGUGCAGAGAUGCGAGCGCGCCUGAUGAGCGCUUCUCUGCUGUCAGACAUGGAGUCUUUCAAGGCUGCAAAUCCAGGGGCCAUAUUGGAAGACUUCAUUCGUUGGUACUCGCCAAGGGACUGGAUUGAGGAAGAGGAGCUGGAUGAUUAUGGACAAAAGAAAGGUUCUCUAAGUCCCCGUAUGCUGAUUAAAGGUAAUAUGUGGCUGGAUGUAUGGGAAGCAGCAAAACCAGUACCCGCAAGACGGCAGAAGCGAUUAUUCGAUGACACCCGCGAAGCAGAGAAGGUGUUACAUUUCUUAGAAUCGAAGAAGCUGUCUGCUGUUGCAGAGCUUCUUAUGCCUGCACUGAUACAUGCUUCCAUCUGCCGGCUCCUGCAAGAACAGAAAGAUCUUCCAAUGCUGUCAGACUCAUUUCGGCGUAUAAUAAAGAUUGCUGAAAGAAUCACACGAAAUCCAAGACCAACACUGAAGCAGUUUGAUGAAUUGGCCCAUGAAAUUGCUGAAGCAGAAGCCACCAUUGCUCAGGCAAAAUCCCUGGAACUGAAAUUCUCCUUGGCACCCGAAACUGAGCAGAAUCUUGAACUUCGCACAUUCCUUUCAAAACUUAUGCAUUUGUCAGAAGUUGAUGUUCCAGGUGGACCACGAGGUGUCAUUGGAUCCAAGAUACGAAUUAUGUUCUCAGAUGCACAGAAGGCUGUCCAGAUGCUCUCUGACCUUGAGCCCCUUUAUCUCGCGGAAGAUACGCCACGGAGUACCAGUUCAAGUAACUUUCCGCAACCCAGCAUCCGUGAAUUUGUGAUGCGUGCAAGGGCAGCUCGCCCUGCUCCCAGUUCCUGUGUGACACCGCAGCGUCUCACAGCAGUACUCAAAAAGAAGGAAUUUCGUCUUGCAGGUUGUUUUUCUCAUGACACAACAUUCCAAUAGACGUGUGGCCGAACGGAGGGAACUUCAACGUCUAUUUCUGAGGUCUCUGUUCUUCCAGGAGUGCUCGAAGACGUGCCCCCGCCUUACAGCGAUUCUGGCACGCUGGGGCUACCACCAGACUGUGGGAAACCGAACGUCAGGCGGGAUUUGUCGUUUUACGUUUGUUAUCUUACGUGGAUUUGAUCCAUGUUUGUGUGUGAAUUCUUUUUCGUUCUGAAAAUGUAAUUAGACAUUCAUGUUCAGAUGUAAUCACUGGUUUAAUUUUGGUCAGAUUGAAAGUUUGUGAAGUUGUAAUGUACGAUAAACAUGAAAUAUAAAAGUUAUAAAUGUGCAUA